UUUAGCAAACAUGCCUAGUGGUCGCAGCCUGCUCUGAGGAAACGGGUUCAUUCGAGUCAUACCAAGCUGAGCCUGCGUGUCAGUACAGUCGACUUUACAGCUGGCUGUAAGGUUAGGAAGAACUGGCACUACCUUUUUUUGUCUGAACAUACAUUUAUACAUUAUUUACAAGUAUUAUACAAACUCCAUUUUAAUUUUUGUCGGGAACUAUUUUUUUAAAAGCGUUUUACAUUGAUUCUAUGAUAUUAUUUUUGCGCGUAGAAAAGUUGAGCUGAAGGCUGGGCCUUUUAACUGCUCUGUGUCGACCGACUCGUCCACGUAAAUUAAACCGACUGCGGUCGCGUCAUUUUCCUCUCGACUCGGGUUGGAAGCAAAAUAAAGCUGGUCUUUUUUUUUUUUUUUUUCUUUGCUAAACUGUUAAAUGCUUGUUACAAAAAUGGAUCUGUUGAAUUAUCAGUACCUGGACAAAAUGAACAACAACAUCGGCAUACUCUGCUAUGAAGGCGAGGCAGCCCUGCGAGGUGACCCCAGGAUGCACCAGUCCAUGCCCCUGUCAUCAUCUGGCGGCACCAACCAUAGUCACCGGACAGGUCCUCCUCCCAUCAGCCCCGGCAAGAGGAAGCACAGUCUCAGCCACAGCACAGGACAGGACCAACAGGACAAUGAUGACCAAGACUGUGACAACCAACACGUGGCCAAGAUGAGCCGGCUGUUUGCUGCACAGCUAGGCAAGCCUUCCAACGGAAACUAUUGUAGUUCCAAGGACCCAAGGGACCGCAGCCGUAGCCCCAUAGAGAGAGCCGCCGCCCCCUCCAUGGGUCUCCAUGGCAACCACCACCUGUACGCCCCCCACCGCCACAUGUCCUGCCUGUCCAUGGACCAGCCUCUCGCCCUGACUAAAAACAACAUGGACGCCGCCCGCACCCUCGCCAUCUCGCCCACCGUCAGUCCUGUGGAACGCCAGCAGAAUCGUCCGUCAGUGAUAACGUGCGCUCCGGCCAACAACCGUAACUGUAACCUGCCUAACAACGGCUGUUCCAACAACCUGCCUAACAACGGCUGUUCCAACAACUACAGCAGGAGACCAGCCAGCAACUCCAACACGGCGCGUGUUGACCCGGUGAUCGAGGAGCAUUUCCGGCGCAGCCUGGGGAGGAACUACAAGCAGCCGGAACCCGUCUCCAACUCUGUGUCCAUCACCGGCUCUGUGGACGACCAUUUCACCAAGGCCUUAGGAGAGACCUGGCUGCAGAUCAAAGCCAAAGGAAGCUCCUCCUCCUCCCCUGACUCCUCCCCCAACAGUCACAUGGUCAACCACAACCACUCCCCUUCGGUUGUGUCCUGAAGGGAAGAGCGAGAGUAGGCCAGUUAUACCCCGCCCUGUUCACUGUAACCACAGGGCUGGUUGACCUGCUACUGGGAGGGUAUUGUUUGUUUUGCUCCAGCCCUACACUAAUGCUGUCUAACACACCUGGAGCAAGAUAAGUAGGAGUAACUGAUUUUAGAUCAGGGUCGUAUUCACUUCCUUUUCUGUUGUUAAUUAGCUAUAAUGUGCACAAAUGCAUACGACCCUGCUUUAUAACAGGGCUGGAGUAAAACCCUACAUCCUCUGAGUAGCUCUCUAGCCGGGAAGAGGAGUUGUCCUUGGUCCCUGGUAUGACUACCCUGAAUGAUUUUGGCCCCACAGAGAGCUGUGCUAAUAGCUAGCUAUAUAGCCAUGUACAUAGAGGAUAGAGGGGGGUUUCCUUUUUGGCAUUUAGUUGGGUUGUAUUAUUUGGUUGAAGUAGGUUUGUUAUUGGUUUGUGUUAUUGGAUGCCCAAAAAACGUUGACAAGAAAAGCGUUUGUUUCUAUCCUAAGGAUUCUAUAUGGAGAAGCAGCUCAACCAACCACAUGCCUUCGUUACCAAAGAGAACUCGGAAUGCAUAUCUGUCACCCCAUUUAAAAAAAAAAAAAGCCAUUAUUUCAUUUCAUCCAUCUGAUUCAUUUCCCUUUCCAUCUCUCUGGCAUCUGAUUCAUUUCCCUUUCCAUCUCUCUGGCAUCUGAUUCAUUUCCCUUUCCAUCUCUCUGGCAUCUGAUUCAUUUCCCUUUCCAUCUCUCUGGCAUCUGAUUCAUUUCCCUUUCCAUCUCUCUGGCAUCUGAUUCAUUUCCCUUUCCAUCUCUCUGGCACCCCA